AACAUCAAUUAUUUUAAUCCUCACUUAGGCAUAUAAAAGGAGAAGAAAUCCGAACCUUAUCAGAUAUCAAAGUCCCUUUUAAUUGCCACUUGCAAUAAAGCAAACAAAUAUGAACUCCCAAUUAGGUGAGAAGAAGAAAGAGGUGGAAGAUGAACAAGAGGAAGACAGCGGCGCUAUCAGCAGCCACUUGUAUCUGAAGCCGGCCGGCACACUCGAUAAAGCGGUGGUGCUCCGCCGUAUCCGCCACCGUAAGCGCAUGAACAAGCUCAAGUCCACUUUGCAAAGUCUUGUUGCUCCUCCUCCUGGUGGAAACCAGAGUUCAGUUCCUCGGAUUAGAUGGGUUGAUGAUGCUUUUGCUGCACCUUAAUUACAGAUUAAUUAGCUAAUUACACUAUUGUUAUUUUUCUAAGUGUGAUGAUGAUGAUGGUGAUUUUCGUGUAAAUCUGAUGAUAAUGGAAGUGUAAUAGUUUCAUCAGUGUGUUUGUCUUUGUCCUUUCUUUUAUGGAUUUAUUGCUUAUUUGUUUUUAAUCUGAUUAGGCGAUACAAUUAAAAUUUCUUAAUUUGUUGGCCCCAUCUUCCAAUCAUUAUCUACAACCAACUCUGUUCUCGUCUGAUACAUAUUAUCAAUAUUUAUGUUCGUUGUAACCAAUUGAUGCAUAAGAUUUUACUUAUUGAGUUAUUUCAACAUUUUUUUUACCUAGAGUAUAUAAAUGGAGGCUAUCCUUGCCAUUUCGAAUAAGAACGUUCUCCAUCCAGAAAAUGACAGAAUCCAGAGCUGAAUUCCCCAAUCAUUCCACGGUGGUUUCAUCAUCGUAGAUAAGUUUUCGAUGUUUCAAUUUAGUACAUUGUAUUGCUUUUUAUUUGAUUACGAGUAGCUAGAUCUCUAUGACAUAACAUACUUAUUUCCUAUAUGCUGGGCUAAUGUGGAUGAUUUAAUGGUUCUUGCUUCACUUUCUAAUUAAGUGAUUGGUCAUUCGUUAAAUACUAUUGACUUUUCUACUAGAUUGUCGAGAUAAAUAGUCAUGCAACUUGCUCUAACAUUGCUACGAAAUGUAAAUUCCAUUUUGCGUCGUCCAAAUUCCAUUUCCCCUACGACUAACUCAACGGCCAAAACCAUUAUAGACCAAUAAAAUUCUCCAUAGAGAUACAAAAAUGGCUGUGUUACUGUGUCCGGCUCUAAAUCCUUCUGGUCCCACACGUAAACCAAAUUGGUCAUCAAAAAACACAUUUCUCCAUGAGAAAAAGUGUGUUGCGAAAGGCAAAAAGGUCAUCUUAGCUACCACAUAGUGACAAUUCCAGCUAAUAUGCAAUGAACCUUCCUUCAAUUCAUGCUCCAUCUAUUUAUACAACGUGAAAAAUAUCACAACCAUAAUUAAACAUCAACAAACAACAUUUUCCAAAUGGCCUCAACUAGGCUGCUUAGAUUGUCUAAGCCUUUAGGCUUUACUCAUCAUGAAACCCUUGUCUCAAAUAGUGGAGAUGUUUCGUCAAGGCGGCCCAAGACAUUUAUGUGUCUGAACAUUUCUCCGGCCAGUGCCGGUGAGAGGAAGGCGGCUCCGGUGAAGGCGGCAGGCUGUAGCUCAAUCUACGCCGUCGUUUCGGAGCUGAGGACGGAGAAAAGGAUGGAUUUGGAGCUCCUGUUUAGAUAUGUUGCUGAUGCUUUCUCCUAUUGGAGGAAGUUUGUUCUACAACAAAGGUCAUGGGGAUUGCAUAUACAGAUGUUCCUUGAAAAGGUAGGAUUUUUUAUUUUAAUUUGGUGGAUUAUUGAUAGCAGAAUUAAUUGUGACUGCAGGCUAUAGUCGACUGCCGAUUCUUUGCAUUGUUGGCGAUUGGUGGAUCUUUGAUUUGUUCCCUACUAUGUUUUUUGGAGGGGUGUUUUCUAGUAAUAGGAUCAUAUUUUCAUGCACUUUUACGAAUGUCGGAGCAAGCGCAAGUGGUCCACCAAUUAAUCGAAGCUAUUGAUAUGUUCAUCAUGGGAACAGCAAUGCUUGUUUUCGCAAUGGCAUUAUACAUUAUGUUCGUUGGAUCACCAGAUUCUGCAUUGUCCAAGAAUUUCGAGCUCAAGAAGUGGAUGGGGAGGGGAUCUGCGAUGGAAGCAAAGUCGAAAAUCGGGCAUGCUGUAAUGCUGAUUCUGCAAGUGCAAGUGCUGGAUAAAUUCAGGACCAUAGGAGUGAGUAGUGGUAUGGAUCUUGCGUGCUUUGCUGGGGCAAUAUUUCUAUCCUCGGCUGCAAUAUUCAUCCUCUCUAGAAUCUCUGACCCUGCCCACCUCCACAAACACUAAACACUAGUUCGAAACAGGCAAAUUAGAUUCUAUAUUCUUUGAUUUGUAAUGAUUCAUUAACGGGAAAAUAUCAUUUUUAUGAAUAUAUAUUCCGCCAUUUCAUUGAUUA